AUGCUUCGAGUCGCUAGACCUUCUGGGCAGGAGCUGGCCAUCGCCCGCGCUGAGGAGUGCCAAAAUGUGGCGGCAUUGAAGAGACAUCUGCGUGGACUCUAUGGAUUUCCUGUGUAUCUGCAGCAACUGUUGCAUGAGGGAAACCUCCUGGAAGAUGACGCAGAACUGGCCGUUUCGAUGGAUCUGCAGUUAGUGCUGCUGACCAUCUCUGGCCAUUGGCACAAGGACAAGACUGCACGUUUGGCUGCAGCAGGCUUGGCAGAGGCCUGUCGACGGAAUCGCGAGAAAUCGGUGCGCUGCUUGCUGGAGGCGGGUGCUGAAAAAGACUGCAGAGCUCAUAGCAGCCGCAAGACAGCUCUGAUGCUCGCAUCUCAGUAUGGUCACUUGGAAGCUGUACGUUUGCUGCUGGAAGCGGGUGCCAGAACAGAGAUUGCCGAUAAUCGCAAGACAGCGUUGGUCUUUGCAUCUGAGUGUGGUCACGUGGAGGUUGUACGAUUACUGCUGGCAGCUGAUGCUGGAAAGGAGGUUGCUGACCCUCGUGGCAAGACAGCCCUCAUGCUCGCAUGUGAGAAGGGCCACUUAGAGGUUCUACGUUUGCUGCUGCAAGCUGGCGCCGCAAUAGAUGGCACAGAUGUUGGCGGCAACACCGCCAUAAUCCUCGCAUCUCGGAAUGGUCACGCUGAAGUUGUACGUUUGCUGCUGGAGAUAAGUGCUGGAAAGGAAGUCACAGCCCGUCAUGUCAAGGCAUCCCUACUGUUCGCAGCUGAGAGGGAUCACUUCGAGGUUGUACGUUUGCUACUGGAAGCUGGUGUUGCACAGGAUUGUAGACAAUGA